UGCAAUAUUCUCAAAAACAUCAAAAAGAAAAGAAAAGAGAAAAAAAAAAAAGGAGAAAAAAAAGAUCUGGGGAGAGUGAAAAUUAGGGUUUUUUGUCUUUCAAGAAUUUGAAGAGAAAAAAGAAAAAAAAAGAGAAGCAUACCAUGUAUCGCUCACCAGCCAGAUACGCCAUGAACCUCCAACGCUACCUUGUGAACCAAAGAAACCCAACACAUAUGGCUAAACGGGUAAUGAUAAAACCCGAAGUGUUCAUCAACCAUAGAGGAACAGAUACAAAGAGAACAAUCGGAACUUUGCUUUACGAUCAUCUUUGCUGGUUGAACAUUAGGUCUUUCUUGGAUAACAAGACCAUGAAGCCCGGUGACAAACUCUUCGAUAAAAUUGACAGUGCAAUAAGGAGUUGCAAAGUAGGCGUGGCAGUUUUCUCUCCACGUUACUGUGAAUCCUAUUUUUGCCUCCAUGAAUUGGCUCUCAUCAUGGAGUCCAAGAAGAAGAUGAUUCCCAUUUUCUGCGACAUUAAACCUUCACAGCUCCGUGUGGAUCAGGGAAAUGCGCAAUCUUGUUCCACAAAAGACCUCAAGAGAUUCCAAUGGGCUCUUGAAGAGGCUAAGAACACCGUCGGACUCACGUUUGACUCCUCAAAAGGGAAUUAUUCAGAUGUUGUUACAAGUGCUUCGGAUAUUAUCAUACACAGCUUGAUGGAGAUUGAGGAUGAGGAACAGGUUCAGAGACAGAAGAAAACUCAAUUGACCCUUUACAAAUAAUAAAUUAAAUAAUCACCGAUCAGAGUGCUUAUUUCCCCACAUUAACAAUAAAUUAUCCUUAAUCAAUCACUUUCAUUGGUUCUGCAUAUAAAUCACUUGUCUGUGAAUUAAUUAUGUAGACUACAUUUUGUUCCUUUUUCCCCCAAUUGU